CAUUUGAAGCGUUUAUUUACGUUCAUAUACACACUUAACCGACUGCAACGGCUUGACUGGUCAGCGGUACAUGUAUAUACUUCACUCCGCACACAAAGUGGGCGAGGAAGGAACAGAACAGUGUGGGAGGGUUUGCGAGGGGGCGACAGGGAGAGAAAGAGAAAGCCAAACCAGCAUAGCAAACACAAGGCAGGCUGCUAGCUGAACAGGGCAGCAUGGCGGGGGUACGGGACUUCCAGCAAGGCAGCCACUGUCACAGAAAAACGUGGAUUAAUAUUCUACUCGGAAUUGUGCAGUUACUUUUGCCCUGCGUACAGCAUGGAGGGGCUCAAUUACAAGCCCUGAGUCAAAUGUCCAGCGUGGUCGAGGUUUGGCAAGCUGAGGACGCUGACCCAUUAGUCCAAACUCAGAUGGAGGAAGAGCGCAGCAAAGAGAGUUUUCCACUGGAAGCAAGUGCUUCAUUCUAUGUGCAGGAGAAUGGAAGGCCACAGCUGCUCUUCCAGCCGCCAUCUCUGGAGUUUGGGACUCAGACACUAGGGCUGCCAAGAGCUGAAACCAUAUACAUACACAACCCCAGCCAGGAACUCCCAGUGACACUGCUGUCAAUGUUUACAUCCAGCAGACAUUUUCACAUGCCUUCAUUCCACAGAAGGGUGAUCCCACCCCGGGGGAAGGCCUCGUUUAAACUGGUCUUUCUCCCGACGGAGGAGGGCAACAUUGAAAACUCUUUAUUUAUAAACACAUCAGCCCAUGGGGUGCUCUCCUACCAGGUGUUUGGUGAGGGUGUGCAACGCGGUUCUUCAAAGGGGGUCUAUCGGAAGGACAGCAUCCUCAUAUUCCCUCACAUACAGAGCAUCAAGCUGAGCCAAACCCAGGAAGAUGCCUGCAAUGUCACCACACUGGGGCUACUGCUGGAGGGCAGUCUACCCAAGAGCAUGUAUAGUCAGCCACAGGGGUCUUGCCUCCGGAGUGCCAACGAGAGGGCGCCAGCCGAGGAGACACAGAGUCUCAGCCUCCAGAUAAGGCUCUCGGAACGGGCCGAAUAUCCGGCCGACCUCGACAAGCUCAAGCCCUAUGUCACGGAGCACAUCCUGGUCCUGCUUGUUGCCCCGGCGGCAGGCCGUGGCACCACAACUGGGGAACCUAAAAUAGGAAUUUAUAUGUUGAACUCAGGAGGAAAGAAACUUCAUGUGAAGGAAUUGCAGCUGUUAUCCAAGGUAGACAGCCCUCUGGAGUUCAACCCUGUCCCGCUAAGAGCAUCGUCUACAAAUUUUACACAAGUGGCUACACUAGCCUGCAGAGGAUCUCUCCCAGGUCAGGGUAGAAGAUGCUCCAGUCAUAUAAGCCUAGAGGUCCUAGGAAAUCACACAGUGAACAUCUUCCCUGGCUUCCACAAUACACAUGGCGGAAUAGAGCUAUCCAGUCUACUCCAGGUGAGGCAGAGAGGACGGGACCACGUGGACCUCUGGCUAACAAACGUCUUCCACUUCCCCCUCACCGUUCAGAACGCCACUCUCUCGCCAGAGUCUCAGGGCUUACUCAAAGUGGCGAACUUCAGCAAGGAGCCGGCGGUGCCCCAUGGUUAUUGCUGGCCACUCAUCUCCCUGCAACUGCUCAACAAGAGCCUGCCACUCAACCUCCUCUCCACUCUCUCCCUGACCACCGGCUCGGGCCUGACCCUUUACCUGCCCCUCCACUUCCACUCCACCUUUGCCAAGGAAGGAGACGUUUUGUUUGAAGCAGAUGGGGAGUGUGGCAGACCGUGUCCCCUCAGACUGUCUGAAGCAGGUCGUGUCCAAUGGCAGAGUUCUCUCCUCUCAGACUUAUCCUGGACACUGGACAGCAAACUGGCUGCAGAGCUCUGUUCUCGCUGGCAGAGCCGCAAAGACCUGCUGCCCUGCAGGUGGCCCAGAAUGCCGGUAAAGACCUCGUCUCCUAUAGAUUUUGGUGCUACCCCUGUCAAUGAAAGCAAGGUCAAGAUGAUGACUUUGAAGAACCCGUCUUCCUCAGUUGUCUCCAUGGAGAUCAGAGCCCUCUCCCUAUACCCAGCCCCCCUGGAGGCCCUUGACCUCCUCACCAAGUGGUUCAACAUCAGUCCCCUCUCAGUUAACAUCAGCACUACUGAGUUCACUCUGCUUCCUGCUCAGCCUGAGGAGGGUGAGAAUUCAAGGGGCGAGGGGAUCCUGCGUCUCCUCCUGCAGCCGUGGGAGAGCAGGGAGAUCGCCGUGGUGUUCACCCCAUCCGAACACAAACCCACCACCACCAUCCUGCUCAUCAGAAACAACUUGACAGUGUUUGACAUGGUGACUGUGCAGGGCCAUGGGGCCAAAGAGCUGCUGAGAGUUGGGGGCAAGCUGCCUGGCCCCGGGGCCUCCCUACGCUUCAACGUCCCACAGUCCACCCUCAUGGAGUGCAGAGAUGGCCUGCGCACCAACAAGCCUCUGUUUGCCAUCCGCAAGAGCUUCAAGGUGGAGAACGCUGGGGAGCUUCCCCUGACUGUCAUGUCCAUGAACGUCAAUGGCUACAAGUGCCAGGGCUUUGGCUUCGAAGUCCUUCAGUGCAGGUCAUUCAGCCUGGACCACAACGCUUCCUCUGAGAUCAGUAUUGCGUUCACUCCAGACUUCACAUCGUCCUGGGUGAUUCGAGACCUAACCCUAGUGACGUCCCGUGGCUCCUCGUUCCCCUUCACCCUCAAUGUGACGCUGCCACAUCACAUGCUUCCCCUCUGUGCCCAGGUGGUGCCCGGGCCCAGCUGGGAACAGAGCUUCUGGGUGGUCACCCUUAUCUUUACCUGCUUCUCUCUGGCGGGCGUGUGUCUGAUGGCAUUCCACCAGGCUCAGUACAUCCUAACUGAGUUCUCCACGCCCACCCCCCGAAGCAACCACAACCCCGCCCUGUCCAGAGACAACGGCCCCGUCAACAACAUCACUCCCAACGGAGUCAAUAAAAUGAAGGGCAGCUGUAAGACGUAUGUUGACACCUGCCACACCUCUGACAAAGGAAAAGGGCGUGGCUCCCCAGCGGUGGCCAAUGGCUCCGCCCCCCGUCCUCAGCCCUCAUCCUCCUCAUCUUCCUCGUCUUCCAAGAAAGGUGCCUCAACCACUCCCUCCCAUCCCCAAAAGAAACACAAGGUGUCCAUUUACUACAGCAAGUACAAAACCAGUGCAUCUGCCACCACGGCAACUGCUGCCAUGGCGACAGAGGAAGAACGGGAACUCGAUCUGAGCCUUGAACAGGGCACCCCGGAAUCUGACCUGAGUCCAGAUUCCUGCAAUAACAACAACGAACCAGCGUUCCCCUGUCCGGUCGAGGCAACAAAAACCCCCACAACAAUGCAGCACUUUCAGGAAGCUCCCCCAGUGAGUGCCACCAAGCGGGAGGACAGCAAAGGACUGGCGCCGGUUAUGUUUCCUGUGGAAACGCAGGCCAGCUUCCCCGAUUAUGUCACCAUAAGCCCGGGUCCCCGGCCGGGUCUGCUGCUGUGUAGCCCCAGGCAGGUGAAAGAGUGUGAUGAGCGUGGCGGCACUAACAGCGUGCUCUCAUCGCUCCCAGAGAAACAAGACAAUUCUGAGAUUGAGACCAGAGAGGAGGGUAAAAGCCAGAAAAAGAAGGCAGAAAAGAUGGAGGCUAGUGUCUUAGCUGUGAACAACAAGGGAAAGAAGAGUCGCAGGAAGAACACGGAAGUCAGAGUACCUGAACACAGUGUGGUUUUGAUGUCAGAGCGGGAGAGGGAACCGGAGUGGAGAACAGGCGAACAACGGAACAUAAACCCGCCGCGUACCAGGAACCGCUGCACCACAGGGAAACCAGACAUACCAAAGCCCAGCCCAAACCAUGAUAGUCCCCUUAAACAAAACGGCGCGUGUCUGUCGCGGCCUCGCCGGAAGUGCACUGAGCGGCAGGCGCACUGUGAGUCUGGGUCAGACUCCGGCAGCUCGUCGGGCAGCGUGCGGGCCAGCCGCGGUAGCUGGGGCAGCUGGAGCUCUGCCAGCAGCCUGGAGGGAGACAAGGACCCGGCCGCCCUGCAUCACCGCGGCACACACCACUGCACUACCUCAGCCAGAAAAAAUAAUCCUGUGUCUACAGGGGACUCCCUGCAGUACAGCAUCUACCCAUCAGAGAGAGACUGCUACCAGACCAUGAACUCUGCCUACAAGGCCCAGAGCAUGAAUAAUCUGUACAGGAAAGACCUGUGCCGAAGCCCAACGGAGCCCACCCCAGUGCCCCCCAGCUUCCCCCCAAGCUUUGCUGCAACAGCAGCAAGUAUGGACGGAGAAUCCCAGAAUAUGGCAGGACAGUAUUUGCCUGAGGAGACAUGGUCGCCGCCCUCUGUCCCCAUCACCAAUGAGUUCCGGUACAACACUUCGGAGGCCCUGCCCUACAUACCUCAAGCCCCAGCCCGUGCCCCCUUCAAUGGCUUCCCUUGGAACAGUGGCAACAGCCAAUGCAACAGUCCUUACGCAGGUGAUCAGGCCAAUUAUAUGUCUGCUGGUAACGCCAACUUCCACAGCGGUUUUCCGUGCCAACUAGAAAGCCAGACGGCUGCUUACUGCCACCAGCCUAGCUGGAGUGAGGAGUGUUCCCAGGAGGCCCCAUCGACCUGGGGUGCAGCCAGCUGUGUGGGCAGCAAGCCAUAUUUCCCCGGAACCAGGAGCCUUUCCCCCAUGUCCAGUCUUUUCGGUUCCAUCUGGACUCCCCAGAGUGAUCCGUACCAGAGCCACUUUCAGCACGAGCGUUCAGCCCCCAUGUCCCCAGUAUCUCCUGUCUGCCCCGUCACCCCGACUUACGUUCCUUUCAACCGGGAACCUGGGGGCCUAUGCCGCCCUAAGCAGUACUCCAGCUUUAACCCCUUUGGUCCCCACAUGAACCUGGACAUUUGGAACUCCUCGUCCAACCGCAGCUCAAACUCGCAGCUGUCUAAUGACUCUGGGUACUGCGGUGACGUUUAAAAAUAAUGUAAUUGUGUAAACAUCAAACCGGCAAACAAAAACAAUGAUAUAAAAGAAAGGAACAAUAAAUGAAUGUGCUUUUAUCAAUAAUGGGGGAAAAAUGUGAAUAUUUCUGUUAUUUUAUGUUCCCUUUUUUCUUCAAAUGUUCGAUGUUGUGAAAGGUUAAGCCUAUGUUGUAUAUUUUUCUAGAUGUUUUGCAGUUUUGAUCAUAAAAACAAAAAAAGCUUUGUA